AGUAAUCGGUUCGAUUUCGUCGGUCCUCUUUCGUCGCCCGGAAAAUUUGAAAGAAUUAACAUCAACAUGUACAAAUUCGCAAUCAUCAGCGCACUCUUCGUGGUAUCCACUCUCGCUGCACCGGCGUCGCAGGACGCGGCGGCGUCACCGCCACCGUCGGUCCUCGAGGAAGCCCUCGACGUGUAUGCUUCUUGUGCCGGGGAAUCGAGCAUCCCGGUGUGUCUCAAGCUCAAGGCCCUACGCUAUGUCGACCGAGUCGUCCGUUCGACUGACAUCGAAGUCGUCGACGGAUUCAAGAUCGUGCAGACCGAGGAGGCUAAAAACAGCCGGGCUGACAAUGCAAGGUCUCUUAAUGACAUUGAAAAUACCUUGCCAGCUGAGACCGAAGCCAAAGAAGCUGCAAUUGAUCAGGCCCUUGUCGACAGAGCUGCUAAGUUUUUAUCUACACACACUGUUGAAUUGAGCUUUCCGGAAGACGUUGCCCGUUCCUUUGACGAAGCUCGUGGUAAGAAGAAGAAGAUCGUUAAAUCUCUGUUGCCCAUCCUUCUUCUCCUGAAACUUAAGGCUGCUGCCCUUAUCCCGAUUGCUCUUGGUGCUUUGGCUUUGAUCGCUGUUAAGGCCCUCAUCAUCGGCAAGAUUGCUCUCGUCAUCAGCUUGAUCAUCGCCCUGCAGAAAUUGCUCGCUUACAAGAGCCAAAGUUAUGAGGUAGUCGCUCAUCCCGUCCACGAUUACGGACACGAGGUGCACCACGAUCAUCACGGCUGGGCGAGAUCGGCGGCCGGCUCUGAUCUCGCGUAUAACGCGUACAAACCCGCUGAAUAGCCCAGUGUCAUGUACAACCUCUCUUCCUUCUAACUUUCUACCUUCAUUCGCCAAAGUGAUCGUCGUUAACCCGGCGAUCACAUCUGAGGGAGGCGUGGCUCAACUUCUCAGGGAUUCUCUCGACAAGCUCGACUCGACAACACGGACACUUGUCGAUGCAACAACGACUAGAUCGGACGCAAUUCUACGCGGACAGGCAAAUUACGACUGUUAAACGAGGACGAUUAUCAGAUUUUUUGUGCGGACUGUAUUUUUAACCGUACGUGACUCGACGACUCGACAAUGCCGAAGCCGACAAUCGAUAGAGAUGCUAUCAAUCGCCAUAGAUGAAAGUUCGACGUACAUCACGGUGAUUUUAUGACGGAACUCACCAUUUUAUCAAACAUGACGAAAGACGGUAUCCAAGAGAUUAUGAGAAUCUCGAGAUUUUAAAAAUAGUGAAACCUGAUAGAAUGAUAGAAAUCACGCCUCCUCGAUCACAU